GAAAACAUAACUCGAAAGCUUUAAUCCUAUCCCAUCUUAUCUUCGUUCUAUCUCUUCAUUGCGAAUUCGAAGCAAGACCUCGAUAACUCUAACGCCACCGCGGCGCCUGGAAUUGAGAAAUAGGUGUUAGUUUUUGUUUUCCAAUCAAAGUGAUUGAUAUAAAUCCCAAUUUUAAGCUUCAAUUUGGUCUAUUUUUAAUCCCAAGGAAGACAAAACUAAGGUACCAUUCCCUUCCCCCACUCGAUCUAGUUGCUGCUGGCUGAGGAUCGUCGUCAGAAAGAAAGAGAAGAACAAGAGGAGAUGGCCUCUCACUCUCAGGUUUUGGAGGAAGAGAAAUCGAGUGUUAGAAUAUUGACACUGAACAGACCAAAGCAGCUGAAUGCUCUGUCCUUCCAAAUGAUAUCUCGGUUGCUGCAACUGUUCCUUGCAUAUGAGGAGGACCCUAGUGUGAAACUUGUUAUCCUUAAGGGCCAGGGAAGAGCCUUUUGUGCUGGUGGUGAUGUUUCAGCUGUUGUUCGUGACAUCGGACAAGGCAAUUGGAGACUCGGUGCCAAGUUCUUCGCAGAUGAAUACAUGCUCAACUAUGUUAUGGCCACCUAUACCAAACCUCAGGUUUCAAUUUUGAAUGGUAUUGUCAUGGGAGGCGGAGCUGGUGUCUCCGUCCAUGGUCCAUUUCGUAUUGCUACUGAGAACACGGUUUUUGCCAUGCCCGAGACAGUUCUGGGGCUCUUUCCCGAUGUAGGCGCCUCCUACUUCUUGUCUAGGCUCCCUGGAUUUUUUGGAGAGUAUGUUUGCCUCACAGGAGCUAGGUUAGAUGGCGCUGACAUGCUUGCUUGUGGUCUUGCUACUCAUUAUCUUCCUUCAACGAGAUUGACUGCAUUGGAAGCAGAACUUUGCAGAGUUGAUUCAAGUGAUCCAACCUUGGUCUCAGCAAUUCUCGAUGCAUGCACACAGAAUCCGCACCUUAAACAGCAGAGUGCUUACCACAGGUUGGAUGUUAUUGAUAGGUGCUUCUCGGGGAGAACAGUGGAAGAAAUUAUAGCUGCACUUGAGAGAGAGGCCAGUGAUGAUUGGAUCUCAACCACUAUUAGAGCAUUGAAAAAGGCUUCACCAGCAAGCCUUAAAAUCUCUCUUAGAUCGAUAAGAGAAGGAAGAUUGCAGGGGGUGGGGCAAUGCCUUAGCCGUGAGUAUAGAAUGGUGUGUCAUGUGCUAAAGGGAGAUAUAAGCAAAGAUUUUGUGGAGGGGUGCAGAGCCAUAUUGAUUGACAAAGAUAAGAAUCCAAAGUGGGAGCCAUGGCGGCUGGAGGAGAUGAAGGAUAGGAUGGUAGAGCAGUACUUCAAGAGAGUGGAGGAAGAAGAGGAUCUAAAGCUUCCAGCAAGGAAAAAUUUGCCAGCCUUAGCAAUGGCAAAGCUGUGAAAUGGAGAAGCACUAUGGGUUUAGGUCUGAAAAGGAAAAUAAAUGUAACACACUACGCUUGUGUUGAAUUGGCCUUGCAUAUUAAAUGUAACACACUACGCUUGUGUUGAAUUGUUAAUCUGAAACAUGCAGUAUUGUUAAUCUGAAA